UUAAACCAGCAGACUUUUCUUCUGAGUUUGACGCCACGGAUCAUGGACUCUACAGAACCUGGAGCAUCUGGAAAGGAACCGAUCACCGACAUGAACGGAGACGAACCGAAGCCUGGAGAUUUAAUUGAGGUCUUCCGUAACGUCUAUGAGCACUGGGCCGUGUACGUUGGCGACGGCUACGUUGUUCAUCUUCUGGGACCAGAUGGAAGUCUGUCGUCCUCCAGCACCAUCAACCUCCCCAUUGGGAAAAACAACGUCCUGAAGCAGAAGCUGCUGGAGGUGGUGAGCUCUGACGAGUGGGUGAUCAACAACCUCCAUGACGAGGAAAUGCAACCUCGGCCGGCUGAGGUCAUCGUGAGGGAGGCCGACAAGCUCGUCGGUUCGAGUCGAUCCUACAACGUCGUCGAAUACAACUGUGAACACUUUGCGACUGAACUGCGCUACGGCAACGCUGAGUCCCAGCAGGUAGAAGACGCUCUGAAGAUCGGACUUGGUGUGACUGGAGCAUCAUUAGCUCUGGGAGUCGUGAUCCUGGCUUUGAUUGUUUGGAAGACGAGGGAGUAAUUGAGUAACUGAUAGUGAAAGAAUAGAUUGUAAAUGACUUAGACAAAUUUUGGUUUAAUUAUUUAUUUUUGCCCGAAAGCCAGAGCAAACAUUUGACUUGAUCAAAUACAACUGUUAUUUUGAAAUCAAGUACAUUAAA